CACUGGCUGUCUGUGUGAUGGAUCUCAGCUAUGGAUGCUUACAUCAGCUGCCCAAGGCUCUGACAGAGGGAACCUGGCUGGUUUGAAGCAGUUGCAGGUAUGGUGAGGUACAGCGUGAUGUCGGAGCUGCAAGUCUUCCAGCAGCCUCUCCAGGGUAACUCCCUGUCUAUGGGUCACAUAGGGCAGAGCUCUGGGGCAACUGAGGAGAAUGAGAUCCCCACAGAGGAAAGACGGCACCUUUCCCAGGGCCCAUCAGCAGAUUUAGAGAAAAGCCAGCCAGUGAAUAUCCCAGACGCAGCUAAAAGAAAGAAGAAGAAAAGAACUAGGGCAACAGACAGCUUCACUGGCACUUUUGAUGACCUGUACAAGCUGACAGAUGAGGUUCUUGGUCAGGGGGCAUUUGCUAAAGUUCAAGGAUGCAUAAGUCUACAGAACGGACAGGAGUUUGCUGUGAAGAUGAUAGAGAAAAGUGCAGGUCACAGCCGCAGCCGCGUCUUUCGGGAAGUGGAGACACUCUACCAGUGUCAGGGGAACAAGAAUGUUUUGGAACUGAUCCAGUUCUUUGAAGAUAGCACAUGCUUCUAUUUGGUAUUUGAAAAGCUCCGUGGAGGCUCCAUCCUCACACACAUCCAGAAUCGAAAGCACUUCGAUGAGCUGGAGGCCAGUAAGGUCGUCAGGGAUAUUGCCCAAGCACUUGACUUCUUACACACUAAAGGCAUUGCCCACAGAGACCUUAAGCUGGAGAACAUCCUUUGUGAAAACACUGAUCAGGUGUCGCCAGUGAAGAUCUGUGAUUUUGACUUGGGAAGCGGAGUGAAGCUCAGCAGUGCCUGUACACCCAUUACGACUCCAGAGCUCACCACACCGUGUGGCUCAGCUGAGUACAUGGCUCCAGAAGUAGUGGAGGUCUUUACUGAUGAAGCCUCCUUCUACGACAAGCGCUGUGACCUCUGGAGCCUCGGGGUCAUCCUCUACAUCCUGCUGAGCGGCAGCCCCCCCUUCACAGGCCACUGCGGCACCGACUGUGGUUGGGACCGGGGAGAAACCUGCAGAACCUGCCAGAGCAACCUGUUUGAGAGCAUCCAGCAGGGCCAGUAUGAGUUUCCAGAAAAGGACUGGUCUCACAUCACAGCGGGGGCCAAGGAUCUCAUCUCCAAGCUGCUGGUUCGGGACGCCAUGCUUCGCCUCAGUGCCGCUCAGGUCCUAAAGCACCCUUGGGUCCAGGGGAACGCUCCAGAGAGAGGUCUUACAACCCCUCAUGUUUUACAGAGGAACAGCAGCACCAAAGACCUGACCCAGUUCGCAGCAGAAGCCAUCGCCUUCAACCGGCAGCUCUCCCAGCACGACGAGCAGCAGGAGGACGUCGGAGGGAUCGUUUGCUCCAUGAGGCUUUCUCCUCCUUCCAACUCCAGACUGGCUCGUAGACGGGCGCUGUCAAAUGCUCUGCGUACCAGUGACUUCGAACCCGCCUCGGACGACCUCGCUGCCUGAAGCGAGGUCGUCACCCUCUGCCUGCUUGGCUUGUGUGCAUGAGUGAGUGUGUUUCACUGGAAGAACAUGCAAUUAGAAGUGACUGUUCACGGUGUUAAAGCUCUUCCUCUUGGCCAGUGAUCUUAUCAGCACUCAGAGUUUGAGCAGUUAGGGAACAGUUCAUCCUCAGCUACCACCUCAGAGUUACAAACAUAGUUGAACCUCUUGAGAUUUACUCAGGUUACAUUUUAAGCUGCCUACAUUUUAAACAAGGACAUAUUUAUUUGAACAUAUCUUUAGUUUUAGAAAACUACAUAUAAUCCUCACAGAGUUAUUUAUGAUCAACCAGGGACAGCUGACUAUAGGCUCUUAAUGCCAGCGUUUUAUAUAUUGCCAUAUCCAUUACAUAGGUCCAGCACAGUUAUGCAGCUGCUGCUCUCCUAAUGGAACAUUAUAUACAUUUAAUAGCUUUUAUUUGCCUUUUUGUCCAACUGUGAUUAAUUAAUGUGAUAUUGAAAUGCUACUAACUGCUUCUCAGUCAGUGGAGGAAAGGGAUUUUUUUUUUAAGCCAGUACGUGUGUAUGUGUAUGUGGUUGAGAUAAAAAAAAAAUAACACUUGGAGGAGACACUGGUGUUUUCUCCAUUCUUACCUGCAUUAUAAAGUAAUUCUGUUCUAGCCUGGCGAUUUAAAGUAUGCAUGAAUCUGAUUAGUAAAAACCCUCAGAUCAGAUAUUUUUAUAUUUAUUUUUGUUCUCCAGCUUUCGCAUUUACACAAGCUACCUGCAGCACUGAUGUACUUUAAAGUAUUUAGUUCAAAGGGAGAACAUUGAAUCUGUUUGGUCUCACCUACAACAAUAACUAUCUUCAAAGAGUUUUAAACAACCUUUUCUCCUCGGUAGACUCCAACUAUACCUCAGACUGCACCAAGUGUUUGUGUUUGUACUGUAAACAAAUGCAUCUUCCCAAAAAGACUUAGUAGUCCUAUUGACUUGAUGUGUUUUUGGUCAGAAUGACUUGAAAUGGGAGAAUUUCAUCUGUUUUGGAUGGUAUGUACCGUAUAGCUAAUACGACUUAAAAGAGGUUUUGUGUGAAGUUGAUAUUAAAAUUUAAUUCCUUACUGAGGUUGAAGGGAAUUAUUUUUAUAAAUAGUUGAAAAUUAUUUGUUUAUGGUUCAGUUUUGUAUGUUGGAUUCUGUGAACGUGUCGUUGAAAGAAUGAUGGACAAGCAGAGACUUCACCAUCUUUGAUUGUCUUUGGUCCAUCAAGUCCAUGCAGUAAUUUAUUUUUCUCACCUUUUUUUUUAAAUAUAAAAAAAAUCUAGUCUUACUUUUUGUCUUACUUGUUUCAUUGCUUAAGGAGCCUGUCUGGGUUUGAAAGGACGCACCACGGCCGUCUAUCACUUCUAUUUCCCCCCCCGAUCUGUUACUUUUGUGUGUUGCCCGCUAAACAACAUGCCCCCAGAUUUCACACUGUUGCCAUGGACACCCCAUCCCUAUAGCAACUAAGGGCCUUUAUUGGCUGGCAGGAAUUGACAUGAGAUUUGCUCAGAGCCAACACACACAUGAGGAAACAUCCACUUGCUGCGUUAAAGCCCUCUCACUCUCAUUAUGAGCCAUAAAAAGGGCUCGUUUGUUUCUCCACAUCAACCUGUGAUGGGAGGGAAUGAGAUCCAGUGGCCUAAUUGGUGUGCAAUUCUGUCGUCCCACUGAAACGAGUGGAGGCUCGUCUGGGGUCCUGUUCAUGAAAGUCUCACUCACACGCAGAUUUUCACUGGUAUGCUGUGCUCUCAAUAAACAAAACAAAGAUCCUC